GUGAGAAUUUAGAGCCUUCGGCCAGGGGGCCGAAGGCACCCCUGGCGCGUAGUGCGGGCUGCUUGGCACUCUGGGCGCUGUGAUUUGGGCCUGCUGGGCCUUCUGGGCCUGUUGGGCCUUCGCUGGAGUAGUAGGAGUCUGUGGGUCGGGGGUUCCCGGGCCAUAUACUCCAUCAGGAGUCCCUCACUCCUUUUGCCGAAAGGUACUUGAGGGAAAAGGAGUAAUUUGUGCUUGCCCUUUGAUGUUGUCCCGUCAUGAUCUCUGAAGUUGGUGAGGAGUUGUUGCUUUUAUGUCCCUGCCGAAGGCAGUCCCUCAGUUACCCACAUGUCGGGACUUGAGGGCUUGCCUUGUCGUUUGUUGGAAUUUCACUGAUUUUGUAAUUUAAUGAUUUUCCCGAGGGGGUCCUCCAGUCCCCCACUCCUUGAGGCACUUGUAAUGUGGUGAAAAGGAGUAAAGUAGUUACGUUGCUGUUGUGGGCCGAAGGCUGACGCUUUUCGUUUCAUUUUGGGGGGAUGCCUCGUUAAAAACCUCAUUAGGAAAAACCCUGGGGAAAAAAUCCUAAUGAGGGAAAAAGAGUGCACCGAAUUCCCCCAAUGAUGAAUCGAAAAUGUGGAACCUUGGUCAAAAAUGGAGAACAACGGUAAUGCCGAAGGCUCUUCCUUGUUCUGAGGGCUCAUGUGUUGGUUAGCCGAAGGCUUGCUGUUGAUGUCCUGGGUGCGCCGAAGGGGAGCCCCUCAUUCUGGGGAUCGAGGGCACGCUGGAUGAGGGCUGCAGUGGAGUUGUUACCGGGUGGUCCACUGUUUGUUGAUUAGUUGGUGAUGAAGAUACCCGAGGGCUCCCAUUACAUGUGUGCCAUGGGUCACCCGUCAAUGAGGCAACUCCCCGGGGGCUACCCGGUUUUGCAGUGCUGAGGGGGAAUCCCCGAGGGGUGCCCUGAUAUGAAGCCUUGGGUUUCUGAAGGGGUGAUCCCGAAGGCAUCUGCUAUGGGGCUGUGUGGGGCACAACUCGGGGGCGUCUCUGGGUAAGUGUACCCGGAGGCUAUCCUUGAUGGAGUGGGGUGAAGUAGAAAACCCGGGGGCUUCCAGAAUAUAGCCGUUGGAAAUAUAGCCGUUGGAAAUAUAGCCGUUGGAAUAUGUAACGUCAGGUUUUUAGCCGUUGGGGGGGGGGUACACGUGGUGUGUGAUGGCUGGCUGUCCGUGGGCGGCAUCACUGGUUGGGCGAAACGCGGCGUGUGAUGAUGGCGUCCAUCCGGAGGCCCAGUUUUCGGGCCCAAGCCCGGACUCGGGGGUCUAUAAAUACCCCGGAUCCAGAGCCAUUUCUUCCUUACGCGUCCAAAAAUCCAAAAAUUCUAGAGAGAGAAACUCAAGCCCUCGGUCAUAGCACUUUCAGAGGUUAGUUCUCCCUUCGCUCCUCAACACUUUUUGUAAGUUCCGCCCUCUGGCCUUAGUUUAGGGUUAGGGUUCUGUAGAAAUCCUUCGAAACCUUAGGCACAUUUUGUGGCAAAGAAUGUCGUCCGAGAGCGAUUCCCAAAAUAUCUCGAGGGAGCCCUCGAUUGAGGAUGAGGUUGCUUCCGAUGUUGAGUCAAGCAGCAGUGCGCCCUCGGUUGCCGAUGACGAAGCCGUGGCCUUGGAGUUGCAGAAGGCCCUUGCUGCUGAAGUGGAAGCCGAGGGCUUCGAACAGGAGUGCGAAGAUGAAGAACUAGCCCUCGCGUAUCAGGUGGCGGAGGACGAAGCCCAAAAGGAGGCGAUGACGGUCACUGUUGCUGUGCCACGCCCUCGGACUGACUGUGGUGAGCCUAGUACCUCCAGGCCGUUGGACCCGACGCCUCUGAGAAUAGCCCCCGGCAAAAAGAAGAUGAAGUCGCAGAGGGCUGCCCCCAAGAAGAAGGGUGUUGCCGCCGGUGUUGGGGGGCCUGUUGAAAUGCCAGAGGGGUAUACCUGGCUAAACACCGAAGCCCUCGAUAUCAAGUCGAAGGCGGACAGGGCUGACUUGUACGUCACGCAGCUGCACGUUGGGCCCUCGGCCGUAGUGGUGGAGCCAGGCGUCGACGAUCUGCUGUCCAGGCCACCCGAGGGAUGCAUUGCCGUCCACAUUCGGUCGGUGUCAAUGGGCCUCCGGUUCCCCCUGCACCCAUUUCUCCGGGAGUACCUCAGGUUUGUUGGACUCAUCCCCUGCCAACUUACCCCCAACAGAUAUUCAUACGUUGCUGACUUCCUGCACCUGUGCCGGACGAGGGAUGUUACCCCAAGCUUGGACCUCUUCUUCCAAAGCUUCAACUUGUGCCGAGGGGGGCACGCGAAUGCCGAGGGCUUCGCCAAUUUACAGCAGGUAGCAAAGUUCAAGCUGUUUACCGAGGCGCCCUCGUCCAAUAAGGGCUGGAAAGACAGAUGGUGCUACGUCCGACUGGCCGAGAAUCCCUUCCCGAGGGAGCUACGGGACCGCUUUCGGCGCCACGAGAGGGUGGGGAGUGAUGCCCUAGAGAAGGAUGGCUUGAAACUCGCCAAGAUUCCGGAGGGCAAGACGAAGGUCGUGACGAUCAAAGAAUGCACUUUUGAGGAAGACUUGCAUGCCAUCGGGUUCCAACGGUACCGGUUCAUCGGGGAAAUAGAUGAGAAGUACCCCGUCUUCACUGAGGCCUUCGGGGGAGCAAGAGGUAGGCUACGAGGGCCCUUAUUCUCCUACUUAGGCACUUUCAUUUUGCAUCCCGAUAGUUGUUUGUGGUAUGAACCCUUCGGGUUAAUAUUCUCUUUGCUUUGUUUUGCAGGUAUGGAGGCUCUCUUCGCAAUGAAAAAGAAGAAGGAGAGGGCGCAGGCCCAGAAGAAGCAGAAGACGGAGCCCUCGGGUCAAAAGCCCAUUGAUGAGGUUUUCCCGAAGGAGACCGCAAAACCUUCAGUUGCUGCUGCUCCUGCUACUGCGGCCGGGGGGGCGAAGGCUGAUGUGGCAGCCAAGAAGAAAAAGGGGGGCAAGGGGGUGGAGCCCCCGAUCAAGAAGCAGAAGGUUGCCGGGGGCACCAUUGAGAAGGCGGCCCCCCUCAUAGUACUCGAUGAUCAGCCCUCCGCUGACCCCCCGGCAAUUGAUACUCCGAUGGCUCAAACAGACCUUCCCCCGGGGAACCUGCCUCGGGAGAUUAUUCGGCUCUCCCUCGCUCCGGGGGCAUCUGUAUUGCACGGUUCAGCCGAGCCGAUGUCUUUCCUGAGGGGGAUUACCUCGAUGAUGGACAAAGAAGCCCUCUCCACCUAUAACGAUGACGCCCUCGAAGCCAGGGCCCUUCGAUCAGCUCUGACUGCUUGUAUAACCUUCGGUGAGCAGGCCCGAAGGCGAGAGGAGUGGUGCCGUCAUAAGGCCGAGCUAGAGAAGUCCGUGAAGGAGCUGAUUCACGACAAGGACGCUGCCCUUCGGGAGGUGUGCAAGUUGGAGGACGCCCUUCGGCAAGCGGAGCUGCGGCUGAAGGAGGCCAGAGAUGACGGGAUAGCCGAGGGCAGGGCUGAGGCCGAGAGGGUUUCGGCCGAGGGGAGAAAACAAGCUGCCGAGGACGCCGAGAAGGCCAAGGCUGAAGCUGCUGCCAAAGCCCGAGAAGAGGCCAUUGCUGGGUUCACCUCCGAGGGCUGGAAGGCUGAGGGCCAGAGCGAGUGGGUGGCCUCUGUGGUGAAGGCCUCGAUCGAGGAGUGGGUGAGGGGCCCCGGGCUCGACUGGAUGAAUGAGAGGGGUGACACCUACUAUCAAGCUGGCGAGUUCUUCACCCAGCACCUGGUUUACCGGAGGCUCGCCCGGCAUUUUGUCACCUCCCUGGAUGAGUUCAACCCCUUGGUGUACGGCCUCCCCCCGUUGCAGCCAGAUGUGCGGGUCCCCCUCCCCGAGGGAAAAGAGCGCCCGGUGAUUCAUGAUUCCAUGAUGAUGGGCGUCGAUGAUGAUGCCGAGGACGCCACCGGGACGGAGGUUACCUCGAAGCCAUCGGGGGAGGGUGCCCCCGGGAAUGAUGUUGUUGAUGUGUAAUAUGCGCUUAGAAAUCUCUGAACACAUUUUGUAAUGAAUAACUUUGAUCCUUCGGCUUCGGCCUGUUUGUAAUUUCACACUCACUCUUGUUUUUGAUGAAUGCAUGCUGCCUC